AUGGUCAACUCCAACCUCCAGGCCUUCAACCUGGCCGUGUCCACGCUCCUCAAAACGCCCUCUCAUCUCCUCCCCAACCUCACAAUCCCUACUUUUCUCGACCUGCCCGAGCAUCUCGGUCCUCACCUGACCCGAAAUUCUUCUUCUUCUUCUUCCUCGUCUACAGAAAAAAACACCCCCCAAAAAACGCCAUCAAUCCGCGCGCUCGUCAUCGACAAAGACAACACUCUCUGUCCACCAAAUAGCAUCGACUUCCCAAAAGCCUACCUCCAAAAACUCGAAUCACUACGGACCUCUCCCUUGUCACCAUUUAACCAAACCAACAAUCCACAGGGCAUACUAAUCGUGUCCAACACGGCCGGCAGCCGACCAUCCUACGAGCCCGAAGCGCGCGAUCUCGAGACUCGAUUGCAACACCUACAAAUCCCCGUGUUUCGCGCCACCCAGAACAGAAAACCGUUUUGUGGGCCAGAGGUUCUGGCCUGGUUCCGCGAAAGAGGGGUUGUGACUACUGCCGAUGAGAUUGCGGUGGUUGGGGAUAGGUUGGGGACGGAUGUGUUGAUGGCCGCGCAGAUGGGUGCGUGGAGUGUAUGGUGCAAAAACGGGGUGACGCAUGGGGUUGCUGGCAGCCAGCAGGAUGGCAGAGUCGAUCUGGAUUAUAGAGGGUUUUUGGCAAAGGUGGAGGUUGCAAUGGAGAGAUAUCUGCGAGAGACUUGUGGCAUAGCACCUCGAGUGCCUCCGGGAUGGGAGGGCUAA